AUGGUACAUCAAGAUACUUACUGGUCUCAACUCUCUGCCUCCAUGGUCGAUAAGAUUGUCGGUCAAGAAUUCCAAUUACUGGAAGUCCUUGGCCACGGUGCUUACGGCUGUCUCUUCUUGGGACAAUCCCUCAAGAACAACUCUUAUGUCGCUGUCAAGGUCUUGACAAAGUCUGGACUCGAUCUCCAACAACUGCAACUUCAGCAACUCGAAAUUGACAUUCAAACAUCUCUUAAACAUCCCAACCUCUUGGCUCUUCAUCGUGUCAUUCAAGAUGCUGAUUACAUUUACAUGGUGAUGGAACUCUGUGAUCAAGGCGACCUCUUUGAUUACGUUAUCCGUGAUCAAGAUGAAAACUCUAUUCGUGAAGAACACAUUGUCAAGAAGCUCUUUUGUCAGAUCUUGGAUGGUGUCGAAAGCAUGCACGCUAACGGUGUCUAUCAUCGUGAUCUCAAGCUUGAAAACAUCCUCCUCAAGUGCGAAGAUGAUGAAGAUGAGGAAGAUGUCACUUGCAAGGUUGCUGAUUUUGGUUUGGCCACUCGUGAACGCUAUUCUAUGGAGUUUGGCUGUGGUUCUACUUCUUAUCUCGCUCCUGAGCAUUUCGAUGAUGACAAGCAAGCUGAAUUGAUCCCUUACGAUGCAGCUGCUUCUGAUUCUUGGUCUCUGGGUGUUCUCUUGUUGGCAUUGAUGUUUGGUCGUAACCCUUGGCAAGAGGCUUCUUCUGCUGACCCUGCUUUCAGUGAGUUCAAGCGUGCCCCCUCCAUGCUCAAGGAACAGUUAUUUCCCGAGUUAUCUACUGCUACUUAUCGUCUUUUGGAAUCUAUCUUGGCUAUUGAUGGCGCUGACAGACCCUCUGUCUCUGAAAUCAAGGAACAAUUUUUAGCUAUUGAUCGUCUCUAUGUGGAUGAUGAAGACGACUAUUAUGUUGAUGACAGCAAGAAGGAAUCGCCUGUUUCUAUUCCUACUGCUUCUACCAAACAUUCUGACAUCACCUCAUUCGACUCUGCUUUCUUUAGCGGUGGUACUGGUUCAUCUUGGUCUGACAUGGUUGAAGAAGAUGAAGAGGCUGCACUCAGCAAGUCUAUUGAUUUCGAUAGUAACCACAAACAACAACAUCAUUACGCUCAAUACGAUGAUGAAGAUACAGACAUGUUUGUUCACAGUGGUGAAAAGGAGUCUUGGUGGCUCUAA